GACCUCCUUGGAGAAAACCUGAGAACUCAUCAGCUCCUUCAAAAGAAGGAAUUCAAGCUACAAUGGCAGCCAAGUACCAUGGUGAGAGUUCUUACCUCGGGCCUGGAAACCAAGAUGACAGAAAUUCUCAACUGAGAAUUGUCUUAGUGGGCAAAACUGGGGCAGGAAAAAGUGCAACAGGCAAUAGCAUCCUUGGAGAGAAAGUAUUUCUUUCUGGCACUGCAGCAAAGUCCAUUACCAGGAUCUGUCAGAAAGGGAGCAGCACAUGGAAUGAAAAAAACAUUGUUGUUGUUGACACACCUGGUAUUUUUGACACUGAGGCACAGGAUGCCGACACACGCAAGGAGAUUGCCCACUGUGUUCUCCUGACCUCUCCGGGGCCUCAUGCUCUAGUCCUGGUGGUCCCACUUGGCCGUUACACUGAGGAAGAGAGCAAGGCCACAGAGAAGAUCCUGAGUAUGUUUGGACCCAGGGCCAGAAGAUUCAUGAUUCUCUUAUUCACUAGGAAAGAUGAUCUGGAGGGCACAGAUUUCUGUGAGUACUUAAGGUAUGCUCCAGAGCACAUCCAAAAGCUGAUAGGCAACUUUGGUGAUCACUGCUGUGCAUUCAACAACAAAGCAACAGGAGCUGAGCAGGAGGCCCAGAGAAACCAGCUGCUCAUCCUGGUCCAGCGCAUUGUGAGGAAGAAUGGUGGAGAAUGCUACACCAAUCAGUUGUACCAGAGGGCUGAGGAGGAGAUUCAGAAACAAAUCCAGUGUGUACAAAAAAAUUACAGAGCAGAGCUGGAGAGAGAGAAAGCACAGCUAAGAGAGGAGUACGAAGAGAAGAUCAGAAAGCUGGAAGACAAGUUGGAACAGGAAAGGAGAAAGGCCCAUAUGGAGAAGGAAAUAACAAAAAGAGAGACUUUCUGUACUUUGAGGCAGCAAGGUGCCAGAAUGGAAGUUGAGAAUCAGACUUCAAUACUUGAAUUAAUCAUUAAAACAUGGGACAUUUUUUUCCUUUUCUUUUCUCUGUUUAAAGAUUAA